AGUGCUGCGGUGUCAGGUGUGCGGCUGUCUAGUUAUUUGAUCAAAAACUCGAGUCCACCAAAGCAGCGUGGGGAGAUGGCACCGAGGCGGACAAAAAACACAAGAAGCGUGCAGAGUAAAGAAGAGCUGAGCCGGGAAAUGCGGCGCAGCAAGCUGGCGCUCUUCAUCCAACAGUUUGAGAAAGAAGCCCAAGAACGCGUGAACGAGCUGGAGGCCAAAAUGGAGAACACGCUGGCCACAAUUGAAAAAGUAUUCAAAGUGGAGCUGAUGAAGAUGCCUCCUUCUCUUCAAAACACCCUCAUAGGGGAUUUAAUAACCGAGGAGGAAUUCUUAGCCAGCGAGGAAUCAAUAGCCAGUAAGAAUGAGUUUGGAGAGAUACCCCAGCCCCUCAAAAAGAUAACCAGUAAAAGAGGUGAAAUCAAGCUACAUUUUUCCAUUUUGUCCACUAAAUCCACUGAUUCACCAGAUCAGUCUGCCCCAGCCCACAGGGUCUCAUCCAAAAACUCAAAGGGAGUGAAGGAAACCAAAAGGACGAGGACACUAGUCUGUAGUAACAGCACUGGAAAUCUCAUACCCUCCUCAGUCAUAACCAAGAGAACUCGCCGCUUGGCAAGUUGCAAGACCAACGACCCGUCCCCGCUGAGCCAGUCCAGACUUAAACUCAGGUCUGUGGUCUCUGCUGGUGAUCUGCACUGUUCUACAGCAGGCUCUACUGCACACAUCACUGUAACCACAGCACAGGGACUGAUGGUGAGCUUUUCUGAAGAGACUAAAGAUGACAUUAACUGGGACAUGCUGGAUGAUGUGGCGCGGUGCCAGAUUAAGAAGCUCUCGAGUCUGAUAGAUUAUCUGUCACAGCGGAGUGGCUGUGACAGAUGACCGAAGAAACCCAAAUAUCUCAGUGUCCAGGAUGUCUGUCCAGAUGGAGCUCAGAAACACAUUUAACUUAGAGAAAUUUGUAUUAUAAAUGUUCAGCUGUGCAAUUUACAAUGCAUUUGUGUGGAUUUUAAAACUAUAUAAUAAAGCUAAUUUUUAUAAUGAUAAUUCACUAACAAGCACCACAUUAUUUGUAUGAUGGCCUUUCAAAUGUGCAGCUUUUUUCUUCUUUACAUAAUGUACCACGUGGAGUAAAUGUUGUCUAAUAGAAACCAAAUGGGGACAGUUUUAUUGGGUAAUUGAAAAUCUAUUUAGGAAUGUCUUUAAAUGGCGUCAGUGUGCAGCACUAAACUGAAGAUGGUAUGGGCUAGCACAGAUAAUGGCUUACACCAGGUAUAGGCAACUCCAGGCCUCGAGUGUCGGGGUCCUGCAGGUU